GUGCCGUCAAACUUGACUAAAAUAAAAACUGAAAGAAGUACAUAAUGUCUAAAAUAUUUACUCCUGUAAAUCAAAUUCGACUCACAAAUGUAGCUGUGGUGCGUCUUAAAAAGGCUGGGAAACGUUUCGAAAUUGCGUGCUACAAAAAUAAAGUGCUUUCUUGGCGAAGUAAUACCGAGAAAGACAUCGAUGAAGUGCUACAAACACACACAGUCUUUACAAACGUUUCAAAGGGCCAGGCUGCCAAAAAGGAGGAACUGUUGAAAGCUUUUGGCAAAUGCGAUGAGACUGAAAUAUGUAAGGAAAUCCUAGCCAAAGGAGAACUACAAGUGUCUGAAAAGGAACGUCAAUCUGUGUUAGAUACUCAACUUAAUAGCAUUGUUAAUAGCGUAGCAGCACUCUGUGUUAAUCCAGAAACUCGACGUCCCUACCCAGCUACAAUAAUUGAGAAAUCACUACGCGAUGCACACUUCUCGGUUAAAACUAAUAAAAACACAAAACAACAGACUUUAGAUGCUAUUAAAUUGUUGCGCGAGCAUAUGCCAAUUGAGCGCUCGCGCAUGAAGGUGCGUGUUUCUUUCAAUGCCAAAGAAACCGGCUCAAAAUUUAAGGAAACUAUUACAAAACUUGCAACAACUGUUGAACAUGAAGAAUGGGAAGAAGCAACCUUGCACAUGACGUUAUUAAUAGAUCCUGGGAAUUAUCGAGUAAUUGAUGAGACACUACGUAACGAAACAAAAGGCAAAGGACGCUUGGAACUGCUCGAAUUAAAAGAAGUUGUAGAUAGUGAGGAAUUGUUUUAAUUAUAUA